CUUUUACGUUUUUUAAGACAGAGGUAUUGAUCGCAUUGUUAGUAUUUUGCACAUGAUAAGUCGAUAUCUUCAAACUAUUAUCGAUGCAGCACACAGCACAAUAAAUACGCGUACAUUAUAAUCCAAGUACAUUAUACGCUUUCUCAAAAAUCACCAGAUGAAAGUGCUGCUGCGACAAAUUAAAACAGAAUGGAAGAGGACGUUGAGUGAGGAGGAAAGUAAAAUUCUAGAGAUGUAUGCGUCAAAAUCGAGGAUAUUAUGCAUCGCGUACGCAAGUACGGUAAAUGUCGUCAUGCGUCGCAAGCGUGUAUGACGUUAUUCCUAUUCUUUCAGCUGUAAUGUGUAAUGGACUCAUGUGUUUUAUUUUGGCACCGACGAUCUCGCCAAUGCUGGACAUUGUGUUACCUCGCAACGAGACGCGUGUGAGAAGUUUAGCCUUUGAACUUGAUUAUGGAAUUGAUAUGCAAACCUAUUGGUUUUGGCUAUGGUUACACACGAGUGUGGCAGGUGUGCUGGUUAUAUUUAAUAGCAUCGCUGCGGAUAUUACGUUCAUUACAUUCACCAUUCAUGUGUGUUACUUAUUUGCGAUAGUAAAGCAUAAAUUAGAACAUAUAACCGAUUCAAUUACAGAACGUACUGCACAAUCUUUUGAGAAUUGUGAUCAUAAUAAUGUGUAUAAUAUCUACCGAUAUAAAGAACAGCGAUCAACAUUAGACAAGCAAGCCAUUUACAGAGAAUGUGUCGUCAGUCACAAAAAAGCAAUCAAGUUGUUUGUAUAUGUCAAAUGUACUAAAAACAACAAGUUUUUUAGAUACUCGGGCGCUUGGUAUAACAUACCUGUCGAAAGACAAAAGGACAUUGUACUAAUUUUAAUGAGAAGUCGUUCGCCGUGUCAGUUGACGGCUGGAAAAUUGCUUGUAAUGUCUCUAGAAAAUUUUUGCGCGGUAUGAUUUACUUCGGAAGAAAACUUCUCAUUAAAACUAUACGUCGAAAUGUUAUAUUUAAUUGUUUAUUACAUUUAUCUUAUUUAUUUAUUAUAUAUUAUAUUUAUUUAUUUAAUUAUUGAUAUUAUUUAUAU